AUGCGCGAUAGACAUUUCAAUUUGCCAUGUUUACUUUCCAUUGCACUGACAGUCAACAAAUUUAUGGCUGCACAUUUUUAUGGGAAAACAUUUUCAAAUGAGCCUAUGAAAGUUUGGAUUGCUAUACUUGUUAAAUCAGUAAUAUCCAAACAGAGGAUAUUGAAGGGAAAACGGAUGAGACCACUGAAAGUUCCUCAAGACGCAUUCAAAUUCUUCGUUUAA